UCUCUCUCACGAGCCCUAGUAGUCCCCUACGCCAACCUCGCCCACCGAUCGGAUUCCCCCGCCGAUCACGACGAUCGAGGCGCGCGCACGAAUCUCCAAGUGCUUCUCCGCAACGCGGAAGCAGAAGCACCCGAGCACACGAUUCUCCGCAACGCGGAAGCAGAAGCACCCGAAGCUCCGAUCGCGAGGUUGAGUUCCUCAUUGCGUUAGGGUUCGAGUAGCUUCUUUGGUUAAGGAAUCGCACUGAUAUGAGUGGGAAUUAGGGUAAAAACUGGGAAUUUUGCGUUUUUUUUGGGGUUUUUUUGGUGCUCUGUAGUCAUGGCUGAGGACGAAGAGAAGCGCGAGAAGAAGAGGAAGAGGAAGAAGGAGAAAGGGUGGGAGGGGAGCGCUAUCGGUGAAUUUAAUGGAGGGGAUUGGGUGGCGAUUAACGAAGAGAAGGUUGGAGAGAUUGAGGCUACCGAGGAUGGCGAAUUAGGGCUAGAGAAGGAUGGAGAGAAGGAGAAGAAGAAGAGGAAGAAGAAGGAAGAAGAUAGGAGAGAGGAUGGUGAGAUAGAAGUAAGAGCUGAGUUGCAAUCGAAGAAGAAGAAAAAAAAGGACAGGGUUUUAGCAGUUUAUAGAUCUUCGGAAACUCCCAGGAAUGAAAAGAUUAGUUUUUGUGGGAGUGGUGAGGAGAAUGAUGGAAAGAAGUGGAAGAAGAAUAAGAAGAAGAGAGAGGAAGAUGGGAAUGAGAGAAUCGAGGAAGAAGCCGGUGCCGAGUUACAGUUGAAGAAGAAGAAGAAAAAGAAAAAGGAUAGGAUUUCGGAGGUUUUUAGCUCCUCCGAAUCUCCUGAGAAUGAAAAGAUUAGCUUUUGUGAGAGCACUGAGGAGAAGGAUGGAAAGAAGAAGAAGGAGAACAAGGCAGAAGAUGGGAAAGAGUACACUGAGGAAGUAGUAAACGCUGAAUCGCAAGCAAAGAAGAAGAAGAAAAAGGAUAGGAGUUUGGAGGUUUUUACCUCCUCAGAGUCUCUCGAGAAUGAAAAGGUUAGUUUUUCUGAGAGUGGUGGGAAGGAUGAGACUCUGGAAAAGAAGGCGAGGAAGAAAUCAAAGGGCAAAGCUGAUCUACCUAUGAGCGAAAAAGAAUCAGAUGAAUUGAGUGGAAAAUGUGGAAGUCCAGAAGAUAAUGGUAAGGAGGACGAGGAGGAGAAGAAGAAGAAGAGAAAAUUGGCAGAAGAUAGUGCUGAGUUAGGGAAAGAUGAUAGUGUUGAUCCGAUGGAUGAUACGCCUAUCAUUAAUAAAAAGAGAAAGAAAAAGAAAGAUAGGAAGGGUGAACUAUCAAACGGAACCGCUGGAAAUGAUUCAGAGAAUAAGGAAAAGAAUGAUAUAUCCAGUAAAAAGAAGGAUAAAAAUAAUGGCAGUAAUUCUACGGUCUCUAAGCCGAAGAAGCAGGGAAGUAGAGUGAGAUUUUCGGGUGUAGAUGAGGUGUUCCCUUUUGAGAGUGACGAUGGGCAGCCUGAAGAAGAAGAUGGUGAAAUAGAGCUGGUGCAGGGUAAACGGUUUUCUGUAGAAGAAGAUAACAAGGUGUUGGAAGCUAUAGAGAGGUAUAUAGAGAUAAAUCAACUGGGGGAGGAGGGUAAACAAAUGCUUCUGAAAUGUCGCCAAUAUCCGCAGCUCAGAAAUUGUUGGAAGGAAAUUGGUGCUUGCUUACCUUAUAGGCCCUACACAGCCAUAUAUUAUCGGGCACAUGUCUUACUUGAAAGGAGUGAGAAGCGUAAAUGGGAUCCUGAAGAACUUGAAGCACUUAGAUUGUUCCAAAAGCAGCAUGGUUCACAGUGGAAGACUAUUGCAGAUGAACUUGGAAAACAUAGAGUUCAUGUUAAAGAUGCUUGGCGAAGAAUAAAGCCUCCAAACUUGAAGAAAGGGUCCUGGUCUCAGGAGGAGUACCAAACUUUAUUUGAUUUAGUAAACUUCGACUUGCGCUUAAAAGCUUUUGAGGAGAAACAAACUAAGCAUGGAAUGUUGAGGGACAAUAUUGCUUGGGAAGCUAUCAGUGAGAAAAUGUCUACUCGCCGCCAAAAUUCUUGCUGCAUAAAGUGGUAUGAUCAGCUAUCAUCGCCGAUGGUCAGUGCAGGUGUAUGGGCUGAUACAGAUGACUAUCGUUUGGUUGAGGCAAUUCAGAGUUUGGAUGCUUCUUGUAUAGAAGAUGUUGACUGGGACAAUCUCCUCGAGCAUAGAUCCGGAGAAGUUUGCCGUAAACGGUGGAAUCAAAUGAUCCGCCACAUUGGCGGAUACAAGGAGAGGCCUUUUAUCGAGCAAGUAGAAGUACUUGCAAAUCGCUACUGCCCGGAAAUGCUCGAAUACAGAAAAUGAGAGCCUGUGAUUUCGGAUAAUGUUUGUAUCAACUAUUUGUCUAUACAAAAAUGGUGCUUUUUGUGGUAUGUUUAAGUGCUUGUGUUUUGUUAAUUUUGACAGCCAAAAGCCAUUCCUUGUGCUUAGAGAGCCAGUGGACUGGGCUUGUGUUAUGAUUCAUUUAGUAAUUUCAUAUGAAUGGAUGGCCUACUGUUGUUACUUAAAUA